UCAAACGUGUUCACUAUUACUCUGACUCUGGUAACGUGACUUCCUGGUAACGUGUUAGGUAGGAAAAGCAGUAAAAAAGUGCAUAUUAAGGGAGCAGAUUUGAAAUAAUAUUUAUACUUAACAAGAAAUAAUUAAAGGUUCAAUGGGGAGACCUAAAGAUUUACGCAUAUGGGAGCACUACCGUACUUUACCAAACAAGUCUGUUUCUUGCAAGCUUUGUAAUAAGGUCUACAAAUUCAGUAAUGCUGCCAAAAUGCUUCAACAUCUUAUCACUUGUCCAAAAUCUCCAGAAACAUUAAAAGACUCUAUGAAACUUAUAAAAGAUAGCUCGUCCAAAACCAAAAUGUCUGGACUGUCAGAGAUAGAGACAAAUGAUUCUUUUAUAAGCCCCUCGUCGUCUGCUAACACUACAAUAAAUGCUGAGUUUCAAGACACCGAUGAUCAUAUAAAAACAGAAUUAGCGAGAGCUAUAUUUGUAACAGGGACGCCAUUAUCGAUGGUGCAACAUCCUUUAUGGAUACAAUUUUUCGAAAAAUUGCAACCAAAAUUUAAAAUACCUUCACGUAAAGCUUUAGCGACAAAAUACUUAGAUAAAAUAUAUAGAGAAAUGCGUUUUGAGUUAAAUGAGGAACUAAAUGCUUGUAGUUACUUACACCUUCAGUGCGAUGGCUGGUCUAAUUUAAGAAAUGAAGGAAUAAUAAACUUUCUUAUAUCAAAACCUCAACCUGCAUACGUUAAAAGUUUGAAUACAGAAAGUAAUCCUCACACUAGUGAAUACCUUAGCCAAGAAGUUGAAAAAGUAAUGAAAGUGUAUGGAGCAAAUAAGUUUCUUGUACUUAUUGGCGAUAACGCUAGAAAUAUACAAAAGGCAUUCGAAUUAACAAAACUCAAAUAUCCACAUGUUGUUCCUCUCGGUUGCUGUGCACAUAUCCUUAACUUGUUGUGCCAAGAUAUUGUAAAGAUACAAGAAGUAACUGUGUUUAUUAUGCAAGCCAUAAAUAUAAUAAAAACUGUUAAAAGGAGUCAACGAUUAAGUUCCUUGUUGAUAAAAUCAAGGCAGGGUGAAGAUUCUACACAAACACUAAAAUUGCCUUGUGCUACAAGAUGGGGAAGUCAUGUUACUUCGUUAAAAAGUUUGAAAGCAAAUAAGAUAGCUUUGCAAAUAUUAACAGUUAGAGAAGAUGUGGUAAUUUCAAGAGAUAUUAAAGAUUUAAUUCUAAGUGAUGAUUUCUGGACGAAGACAGGGGAAUGUAUAAGUAUUUUGGAACCAGUCACUGAAAGCAUAUUUUACUUAGAGAGCGACCAGAAUCGUUUGCAUCGCACAUACAUUACAUUUAGAGAUGUACAAGCUAAGAUACGUUUUGCAUUAAAUGAGAUUUCGACAUUGAGCGAAGAAAGCAAACAGCAGAUUCUAACAUCAGUAUCUUCAAGAUGCAAUAUGGCAAUGAGGCCAAUACAUUUUGCAGCAUAUAUUCUAGACCCCAGGACUCUAGGAGUCGAACUUACUCAAGAGGAAGAACUUAAGGGUAUGGAGUUUAUCUACAAUUUAAGCCAACACUUAAGUUUGUCAAAUGUAAUGGCAGAUUUGGCGUGUUAUAAAGCUAAAGAAAACUUUUGGGCCAGAGGAUUUGUAUGGAGCUCAUUAGAUAGCAUUGAGCCCCUAAUAUGGUGGAAAGGUAUUUGUGGUUCCACUGAGUUAAGCAAAGUAGCGAUUCGUAUUCUAUCAGCUCCCUGUACUUCGGCAGCCACUGAGCGUUCCUUUAGUAUCCAAGGCUACAUACAUAAUAACAAAAGAAAUCGACUUACAACUGAAAGAACUGAAAAAAUUUCAUUCAUUUGUUAUAACUGGAAUCUUAAACAUAAAGCUGAAUGCGAGGACAUUCAGUUUAAUGAAGAAAAUACCUUAGAAGCUUUCAUUGAGCAAGUAAAUGAACAUAACAGUUUAGACGAAAUAGAGCCUAUCGAACCUAUACAAUUCAUCGCUUGUAAUAACUCUGAAUCUGACAGUGAUUGACUGUAGUUUUACAUUUUACUUUCAUCUCUUUCUUAAUAAACUCAAAAUCAAAUUAAAAGUUUUUUAUUCUGUAGGCUGCAUAAUAAUAUUGUCUAUGUCCAGUAUAGUGGACGUCUUGCGGCUGAGAUGACGAUGAUGAAGUACAAAAUCAUAAACACCCAAAAAUUUGGGUGUUUAUGGGGUUUAAACCCAAUAAACCCAAAACACCCGGUUUUUACCCACCAGACUUUAAACCCACCCAGGUGGAUUGCCCAUCUCU